AUGGCCUUGAACACGAGCCGCUUCGUUGCAGGCCCCGACUUCUACAACUAUGACAUGUACGGCGGCUUACGUCCUGGCGGCCUCGUCCGUUUCUUUUCCACCGUCUUUGCUGGCCUCGUUGCCGCCACGUUUACGUCAUCAUUCAUCUACAUUGGCGCGCGCUAUGGGCUCUUGCCCAUGGUGAGUCACCAACUUCAACUUAGCGGAAGUCAAACGGAAGCCAUGGACCGACUCGUGGAAGUCCCAACUGCGCUCGCGUUCUUUGUCGGCCUCUAUGCCGAUGCUGUACCCAUCUAUGGCUACCGUCGCAAGUCGUACAUGGUCCUGGGCAUGGCGCUGAGUCUCGUGUGCUUAGCGGUCCUUGGCCUCGGCUGUCUCUUUGCCGAGAGGCUCCAAACGAGCGCCAUUGGCAGCGGCUUUAGCUACGUCAUGAUGCUGCUCAUGGGCGGCGUCACCUUCGGCUCCAUGAUCAACUUUUGUGCCGUCCACACGGCUGUCGUCACGCUCUCGCAGCGCGAAAGCCUCGAAGAACGCGGGGUGUUUCAAGCUGACUACCUGGUAGUCAGAGCAGCCGGCCAGAUCUCCGCGCGCUUGCUCGUUUACGUCAUCCGGCACGUCGUCCAAUCGUACGAGAUCUCGUUGCUCUUGGUCGUGCUCAUUCCGCUCUCGAUCACCACGAUCGUUGUCGUCCUGACCGGGCUCCACGAAGUCCCGGCGUACCGCAAACAGAGUCUCCGCUGCAAAUGCGAGAGCUACUGGAAACUCACCAAGCAGAAAGCCGUGUGGCGCAUCUUGAUCGUCGUCGCGAGCUUUGCUUUCUUUUUGAACUUUGGCUUCCCGGUAGUCACACAAGCCCUCCGCCAAUGGACCCACACGACCGACCGCAAGUCGGCGCUCCUCAGCAGCAGCGUCAGCGACCUCGUUAUGAUCCUCACAGUGCUCGUGUGGCGCUGGAAACUCCGCAACAUGUUGUGGAAACGCUUCUUUGCCUUAGCUCCAGCCAUGACGAUUCUCCCGCAAGUGGCGAUGGCUGUGCUCAUUGUCCCGGCUCUGUGUCGCCAUCCAGCCGUGUAUAUCGUUCUCUCAGGACUCACAGGCGCAGCAUCCGGCGUCAUGGCGCUCUUGCUGCUUGCGCCUGUGACUGAGAUCAUUGAAGAAGGAUCAGAAGGCGGCGUCGUCGGCCUCGCGCUGUCGUUCAAUACAAUUUUCAAGAUCUUUGUCAGCACGUUGCUCACGACGAUCGAGCGCGCGUCGUCGUUCCCAUCCAGUGACACCGACAAUGACACGACGUCGUAUCGAUGGUCCAUCACGAUCUUGAAGCUCAUCACGUGGUGCGUCAAUAGCUUCGCGUUCGUCUUCAUCUUCAUUUUGCCGCUUCAGAAACUCGACGCCCAGCUCGUCCGGAUGUACGGAGGCUUUACAGACAACGCUGGCGCGCUCACGGCGACGGCGUUCCUCACGUCGCUCGCCUACUGCGUCGCGUACAACAUUUAUAUCUUCAGCGAGGCUAUCAAUUGA